AUGAAAGAGCCAAAAUCUAUCCAUGACAUCAUCCGCCAGCAUCCAAGGGAGCGGCUUCUCGUCCAGCCUCUGGAAUGGAUACAAAUGCACCUGGAGCUGCUCAAGUGCUCCUUCAUAGAUGAGUCUACAGAGAACAUAUCAGAAACUUCGGAGACAAGUGCAUCUGAAGCAUCGGGGAGUAAGAAGACCGUCGAUCGUGAUGCAAGGACAGCUGAGCGCUUAGCAACUUCGGAAAUGAAAACUGCAGCCCUCAAGAAACUGAUUUCUGAAGAUGGUGGGCCUCUACGGUUCCAGAGACCCUUUGGUUACUUCUGCUUCGGCAAGAAGCAUGAGUAUCGUCUGCAUGGCGCUGUCUUUUCAAUGCGUUCAUCUGGCAGUCUAGCACCAGUCUUUGCUUUCCUCCAAAAAGGAAUGAUCCGGAUUCAACGAGAAGGUGUUUUUCAACCUCCUAGGCCAAGACGGUCUAAUCCUCCGGCAGAGAUGUUGCGCAAGAUGCGCUUGAAGCUACUCGAACCAGAAGAUCAGUGGCGUGAUCCAUACAUCCUCGCUGUACUCAUAGGGAUUGCACAAUCACAGGCUGAAGACAAGAGUUCUCCUCAAACUAGGUUUCGUCAAAAUCACGUUUUCAAGACUGGUGCUAUGUAUGUCGACGAGGAGAACUCAGAGUUCAUGUACUUCUACAAUGGACAAAUCUCUCUUGCUUUCUUGAGCAAAUUUGAGUAUCCACACACGCUCCACAAGCCAACGGGUGCCAUGUCCUCAGAGCUUUCUAUCCGGAUGAAGAAGCUCGCCUUCAAGCCGUACUCGACUUUGAAAUCGAGACUUCUCACAGAGAUUCAAGAUUGCUACAAGGAUGACAACAACGAAUAA